AUAUCCAUUUCUUAACAUAGGUACUGAUUAGUGAUUACUUUACUUCAGAUUACUUGCUCAGUAGCAGGUGGUCUCCUGCUGUUAUUUAUAGUUAUUAGUGGUGUUGAAGUGUGAGUGCAGUGAUAAAAAUCACUCCCAUUUGGUUGAAUAGUAACUUUUUGUAGGUCUUCUACCGUCAUCGCCACGAUUGCCUAAUGUGCGCCAAAACAAUUUUAUUUAGACUGGGACACUGACAAAGUUAUUAUGAAAUAUAUCAACAAUUUAUUUUUUUCGGUAAAACGAGUAAACAAUUCAGAAGUGUCAUUGCUGGGGCUUUUCACCAAAGUUCGACUUGUAGAUAGUUUUAAAAGAUCGUAUUCCAAUGAGGCCGGCAGCGCUGCAUCGGCGCCGGCGGAAACGCCCGUACCACCUCUAGUCGACUCAUUUGGACGACGUCAUAACUAUCUUCGCAUUUCAUUAACGGAAAGGUGUAAUCUACGAUGCCAGUACUGCAUGCCGGCGGAGGGCGUGCCGCUGUCGGCGCGCGGCGCGCUGCUGUCGCGCGCGGAGCUGGUGCGGCUGGCGCGCGUGUUCGUGGCGGCCGGCGUGGACAAGGUGCGGCUGACGGGCGGCGAGCCCACGCUGCGCAGCGACCUGGCUGACGUGGUGCGCGAGCUGCGCGAGCAGGCGGGCGUGCGCAGCGUGGCGCUCACCACCAACGGGCUGGUGCUGACGCGCCGCCUGCCCGCGCUGCAGCGCGCCGGCCUGGCCGCGCUCAACGUCUCGCUUGACUCGCUGCGCGCCGACCGCUACGAGCGCAUGGCGCGCCGCCCCGGACUGGCGCGCGUGCUGGCCGGCGUGGACCUGGCGCUGCAGCUCGGCUACUCGCCCGUCAAGAUCAACGUCGUGCUCAUGAAAGGUUUCAACGAUGACGAGAUUUGUGACUUCGUCGAGUACACGCGUGAGCGCGACGUUGAAGUGAGGUUCAUAGAGUUCAUGCCGUUCUCGGGCAACAAGUGGGACGACUCGAAGCUGGUGCCGUACCGCGCCGCGCUGAAGGCCGCCGCCGCGCGGCACGCGCUCGAGCCCGCGCCGCCGCGCCCCAACGACACUGCCACCGUGUGGCGCGUGCCGGGCUACCGCGGCAGCGUCGGCUUCAUCUCGUCCAUGACGCAGCACUUCUGCUCUUCCUGCAACCGUCUGCGACUCACCGCGGACGGAAACUUAAAGGUGUGCCUGUUCGGCGCGAGCGAGGUGUCGCUGCGGGACAGCGCGCGCGGCGGCGCGUCGGACGCGCAGCUGCUGGCGCUCGUGCGCGCCGCGCUGCGCAACAAGCGCGCUAGGCAUGCAGGCAUGGAGAAUCUGGCCCGAAUGGAGAAUCGACCGAUGAUCCUCAUCGGCGGCUAGCGGCGCCUCAGUCAUGGACCGUUACAGCGCGCUCGGGCGGCCCGCCCGCCCGCCAGUCCGCCGGCCUGUCCGCCGGGCCGGCCUGGGCGCCGCGCCGGGAGCCGCGCCGCGCCGCCUGCCGCGCCUACUGCUCGGCGCCGCCCGAAGACGACGGCGACGGCGCCUUCUCGCACCUGGACGCGCAGGGCCGCGCGCGCAUGGUGGACGUGGGCGGCAAGCCGGUGACGGCGCGCGCGGCGCUGGCCGAGUGCCGCCUGCACGUGGGCGGGCGCCUGCUGCGCCUGCUGCGCGACGCGCGCCUGCCCAAGGGCGACGCGCUGACGGUGGCGCAGCUGGCGGGCGCGCUGGGCGCCAAGCGCACGGCCGAGCUCAUCCCGCUGUGCCACCCGCUGGCGCUGGACGUGGUGCGCGUGCGCGUGGCGCUGCCGGCGGGCGAGUGCGCGGCGGGCGGCGCCAUCACGCUGCGCUGCGAGGCGCGCGCCACGGGCCGCACGGGCGUGGAGAUGGAGGCGCUGACGGGCUGCGCGGUGGCGGCGCUGGCGCUCUACGACAUGUGCAAGUCGGUGGACCGCGACAUGCGCAUCUCGGAGCUGCGCGUGCUGCGCAAGACGGGCGGGCGCAGCGACGUGGCGCCGGCCGAGCCGCCCGCGCCGCUGCGCAAGCCGCGCGCGCCCGACGCCGGCGACGAGACAUACGCGCCCACUAAUUUCAUGCACUUCUAGCGCCCAGCCACAAUACUAUACCAUGUAGGUAGUAGCUCUAGUCUUGUAAGUUUUAUAUUGUAACUUUCAAUAUCUAUUGAUGACUCCAUUUUAAAAUGUAAAUUCUGCCAAUUAACAUUCCAACUGCACGGACAUUAUAUAUAUAUACUUGCUAAAUAAGGAUAACAAUUAAUAAAGCCUGAUUAUACUUAUAACAGUGUUGAUCUUUCUUCCUAAGUGGGAAUCUCGUAAUCUAUAUUAUUGUCACUGUGCACGCCACUGACAAUAAUUUUAAUAACACAAUAUGUUGUAAGUUGAACAUAUUAUAUUUAUAGCAAGAGUAAGGGUAGGGUAUAAAAAAAGUUAAAUAUUAAUAAUUAAUUACUUUAUUUGAUAGUACCAACUAUUAUUCUUAUGUCAUAUGAAAUCAUAAUAGUAUAAGAAAGUACAUAGACUUGAAAGAGAAUGGUUAUAAACCAUUUGUUAAAUAUUUUUUAGGGUAUUAGGUAAUCUAUCCAAUUAAUAUUGACUUGUUACAAAAUAGAUUGUUUAUUUUUUAUUAAAUUGUAUACAAUUUUGAAA